AUGCCACGUAAGCUACGUAAGAAUAUACGUAAGAGGAAGAGAGCAUUGAAACAUCCAAUAGUAAAACUGACACCACAACAACAGUUGCAACAACAAAUGAUGAAUGACCCCACUAUGUUGCAACAAAUGUCAAGCAACCCUAUGCUUUUAAACCGAGUUAUUGGUGCACAGAGUGGAGGUUUAAGAGCGGCACUUUUAGCGAAAAUGGCAGGCUAUGGUGGAGCUGCAGACGGAACAGCUUAUAACCCUCAAAGUCAAAUGAAUUUGAGUUCACUCAAAAAUCAAAUAACAGAUGUCAAAAAGUCAAACAUAGACAUACAGAAACAAAUAAGUGAAAACGAAAAGAAACUAGAAUAUGACAGACACACAAAGAAACUCAAUGAGUUAAAC